AUGAAUCAUAUGGCCCGAUGCAUCGAUAAGCGUUGUUUUCCGCAGUCCAUCGUUCUCAGCACAAUGCAAGCGAUUCCACUUCCAGACGCCUUUUUGGUCUGUAUUGGUGAGUGGGCCAGGGUAACCAUGUCGUUGAAGUCUUUACUGUCGACACCGCUUCUUCGGGCAGCAAGAGUUAACGAGUCGGUGUAUGACGGUGUGAUUCUCGUCACGAACUGCGGAAAGAAUGUCGCUGAAACUCCUCAACUGAAGGAGCUCUCAGCAGCCGUACUGGAUUUUAUUGAG